AUGCCACCUCUCCGCCUCCCUCGCCUCUCCAACCUCAAGCUCAACCUCCGCAGCACCACCACCCGCCGUCUCUCAUCAACAUUCUCCUCCCGCCCCUCGCCCCCGAAACUCCCCGCCGCCCAGCAAGCCGAGUUCGAACGCCUCCAGCGCGCAGCCGCCGUGUCCUCCGCCUUUCAAGACGCCGCCGCCGCGCAGCCGUCGCCGCCGUCCACCGAGUCUCUCCGCCACACAUCUUCCCCUACCUCUUCCUCUUCUACAAACGCUGCGAAGGAUGAGGGCGACGGGACGACGCUGGGCCAGGGCCUGUUUCGGGGCGCGAAGCCCGAGUUUGAGGGCGACGUGAAUCCCAAGACGGGAGAGGUGGGAGGGCCCAAGAAUGAGCCUUUGCGGUGGGGUGGGGAGGGGGAUUGGAGCUAUAAUGGGAGGGUGACGGAUUUCUGA